CUCCAUUGGCAUUCUCAUCCUUCUUAUUCUUCUUACGAAUAAUAUGUCCGCCGGGAAUAUCAUCCCAGGACUGGCGGAUUAAUAUACUCAGCCGGGUUACCUGGUAUGAUGAGGCUCCAUGUGACGGUAUUUGUUCAGGUACCGAGCCUUCUUUGGACUUCUUUCACAGCCGUCCGGGGGAGAGAGAUGUUGUGCUAUUAUCCCGGCGAUUCUUCAAGUACACCAGGUCCGUAUUCAUGGCUGUGUGUCGCUUCCUCUUUUCUUCUCCCAUAUUUCUAGAUACACCUGCGAGAGGACAGUAGUAGCACACAUACACGUCCUGUCUUCGUGCUAGCCAGACAACCUGCCUCCGGGCGACUGCUGCCAUGCUCCCCAAUCGGCGUACCUGGGUUCUGGCAAUUGCUGCCCUGCUCAUUGCACAAGUCACGGCAGACAAUGGAUCAUCCUAUCCCGCUGUGCCAGCAGCGGUGACUGAGACCGCUACUGUAACUGUCCAGCCUUCCUGUGCGCCGGCGUCUCCAUCAUUAGCGACGGUCACCGUCACUGUUCCAUUAAGCAGCAGUCAAGCUCCUGCCGCUCCGACGACAGUGACCGAGACGGUCACGGUGACCGUUCAGCACAGCAAUAGUCAAGCACCUCCAGACCCGACGACAGCCGCUGUCCAGCCAGGCAGUAGUCAAGCUGCUCCGGCUCCAACUACUGUAACAGAGACUGCCACUAUAACUAUCCAACCAAGCUCCGCAAAAGCUCCUCCGGCCUUAACGGUCACCGUAACAUCGAUUCUCAGUGUGCCUGCCGCGGGAACGAGCUAUGCACCACAGUCUUCUCCGAUAUCUCCACAGGCUUCCUGCCCACAGACAUGCUCGCCUGUUACAGUCACUGCACCGUGCCCUACCGUCUCUUCGGAGCCGCCUCCUCCUCCGUCCUCUCCUCCCCCUUCGACGACUGCACCGUCUAUUGUCCCUCCACUACCCUCGCUUUCUUCAAUUCCACUUCCAUCACUUCCAUUUCCGAUAACAGUGCCGUCCGAGACAUUUUUCAGUUCAGUUCCAGUGUCUACGAGUACGGAUGCGGAGGGAUGCGUCAUAAUCAUCUACACAAUAAUAGAAAUCUGGCUUGAGCUGGGUGAACCGGGUGGGAUAGGUGGUGGGACGACAACGGUGACCACCACCAGAAUCUCAACCGUUACAGUGGGGACAACAGGCACUGUAACUGUGACUCAAGAGACAACCCUUCCUGGGCAGACAAUCACAAGGAUAUCUACUCUUCCAGGUGAGACUGUUACGGCUCCGGGGACCACUCUCACGGAGGAGACUACCCUGCCUGGGCAGACUGUUACCAUCACUGAUGCGACAACCAUCCCUGGAGGGACAAUUACUAUCACCAGAGAAACAACUCUGCCCGGAAGCACUGGAACGGUCACACAAAAUAUUACUGAGAUAUCAACACUGCCCGGACAAACAAUCACUACCACCAAGCUGUCCACUCUGCCCGGGGGAACAGAAACUGUCACAGCUCCUGGCACGUCAGUGACAAUCACAGAGGAAACAACACUACCUGGACAGACAAUUACAAUUACGGAUGAGACGACUAUUCCUGGAGAGACAGUUACUAUCACCAGAGAAACAACUCUGCCCCGAAGCACUGGAACGGUCACACAAAAUAUUACUGAGAUAUCAACACUGCCCGGACAAACAAUCACUACCACCAAGCUGUCCACUCUGCCUGAGGGGACAGAAACUGUCACAGCUCCUGGCACGUCAGUGACGAUCACAGAGGAAACGACGCUACCUGGACAGACAGAAACCGUUACUGCCCCCGGAACAUCAAUCACUAUCACUGACGAAACAACUAUCCCCGGCGGAACAGUCACUGUGACUGACGAGACUACUCUGCCUGGAGGAAGAGCCACUGUCACUGACAGAACAACUGUCCCCGGUGGAACUGUAACAAUCACCGAUGAAACCACUCUUCCUGGGUCAACUAUCACCACCGUCAGAGAGACUACUCUCCCUGGAACGACAGGCACGAUUACCAUAACAGAGGUAUCAACUUUGCCUGGGCCGACAAUCACCACCACGAAGUUAUCUACUCUGCCUGGAGAGACAGACACGGUGACACUUCCGCCUACAACGAGAGAUGAAACACAGACAAUCACUAUUACUGAUGAGAAAACCCUACCUGGGGGCACAAUUACACUUCCUGGAAGUGUUACCAUUCUACCCGGGGAAACAGACACUGUCACCCUUCCAGGUAGUAUCACUACUCUACCCGGAAUAACUGACACUGUAACUGCUCCUGGCCAUACAGUCACCCUCUCAGGAAAUCUCACCACGCUUCCGAGAGAAACGAAUACUGUCACAGCCCCUGGCAGUACAAUCACGCUUCCAGGAAGCAUAACCAGCAUUACACUACCUGGAACUACUGUUGUUUCCAUUAUUCCUGGAGUUGGUACCACGGAGAUUGUCACCCAGCCUGGGACCACUCAGAUUAUCACUUCAACCAUUGUGCAAGUGAUAACUUUGCCAGGAACUACAGUCACCACUGUGAGCAGCAUCCCGCCAAGCACAGUUACAAUCCCUCCAGUUACAUCUACACUGCCGGGGUCCACUUUCACGACGACAGCAUCUGUACCUCCCAAGACGGUGACACUUCCGGGAACAGUGACGACUCUUCCAGAGUCUACGGUGGUCUCAACGGUGACCCAGCCUCCGAGCACAACGACGCUGCUGGGGACGACCUCGACGAUUCCGGCCUCAACGAUUUCGACAGUAAUCAUCCUCCCCGGCAGUACCUCAACGAUUACUGCCACUAGCAUUCUUACUGUCUUUGCUACAUCUAUCGUCUCCGCAACAGUAACGUCGGCUACUACGGCGAGCACGACUAAGAGCACCACAUCCACAGUCACAACGGUUUCAUUCUGUCCAAGCCUCACACUCAACCCAACAUACACGCCGCCAGCACCACUGCCGACGAAUUAUCAAUGGGGCUGUCCACCUGGCUUCCUUUGCCAUCCCAAGAGAACUGCUGCGGAUGGUGACUGCAAUCUCGACAUAAAUCCUCCAGCCGACACGUACUUCUGCAGCCCGGAUGAAUGUAUACCCUCGCCACCACUUCUUCCAUUGUUGAAUGACACCAGUCCCAAGUUCAACGUGUCUCCAGGAUACUUCAACUUCGACCCGGCCGGAUUUGGUCUGAACUCGAGCAUCUUCGAGUUCCCCUUGGGCUAUAACAUUAACUCCAGUUACCUGCCUAGUUCGACGCCAUCACCGCACCGGAGGAGCUCCAUCCUGGCCUUCCCUUCACAGUGCUACCAUACAUGUGACUAUAUGAACAUUGAGGAGCAGAAAGUUGGGAAGGACCCUGAUGUACUCUGUGAACAGGGCUCUUUGUUCCAGACAUAUGUCAGUAGAUGUCGCAGUUGCAUUAAUUCGUACUCUGGUGAUGUCAAUCAGGUUCCCGACUCUUUGCCUGAUUUCUUAUGGUUGAUGACGUAUUGUCAAUCUCUGGGGGCUGGGACAACCACAUCACCGCUCGCGGAUACGACGUCUACAUCGGCUUCGAGUUCUUCUAGUUCCUCUUCUACGGGAGUGACUACUACGAGUGAGACCAGUACGACUAGUGAGUCAACUACAUCUUCUAGCUCAACAUCUGCCUUGAGUUCGAGCACGUCCAGUACAAGUGCCAGUUUCACUUCAAGUUCGACGAGCUCGACAUCAAGCACAAGCACCUCCACGUCUAGUACAAGUGCCAGUUUCACUUCAAGUUCGACGAGUUCGACGUCAAGCACAAGCACCUCCACGUCCAGUUCCCCUUCGAGUGUGACAUCAAGUUCGACAACGUCAAGCAGCACUUCAGAUACUAUUUCAAGUACGAAUUCAAUCUCGACUUCGGAAACAGUCACGCCAAGCCCGACUGGAAGCCUGUCAAGCUCUUCUGUACCCAGCUUAACUUCAGAUUCGAUUUCAAGCGCCCCCAUCAGCGGUAGCAGCAGCAGCAGCACCGAUAUUACUUCUACAACCUCAACUGGUAGUAUCACACCUGUAACCUCAGGAACCGUUAGUCCUUCUAGCAGUGAAACUUCCAGAACCUUGGGACAACAGACUAGCCAGCCAACAGAUUCGUCAAGUCUAACAGGUAUCCCUGUUGGAUCGGGUUCAGGUUCGAUUGAAACAAUUUUGACCUCUUCAACUCCGACACCAGGUGUCAAUGGUGGUGGUAGCGCCAGUAGCACAGGCGUGGGCUUAGGUUCAAGUACAAGUCCAAGUACAGCCACAACCACAACCACAAGCGCAGGCACAGGCGCAAGCGGAGAUGGAAGUGGCAGCGGAAGUGGAGGUACAGGAACAAGUCCACAGCAAAGUCCAGGCACAGGAACCGGUACAAGCACCAGCACAGCUACAGGAUCAAGUAGCAGCCCGCCCCUCUUCGAUGGAGGAGGAAGCCGAACGGUAUCCCGUCUUUCACGGAAGCGAGUCCUCACCUUCUGUGGUGCUUUGGGUGUAUUGACUAUGUUCGUCUGAGCACCUAUAACCCAACUGCAAAUGCAAAUGCAAAUGCAACAAAUGAAAAAUGAAAAACACGAGACAUGAUCGGACGCAUAAUGAUAAUGGUAAUAUGCCGCUUUGAUUUGAUUGAUAGUGAUUCUGGGACUCUUCUGUAUUUUCCUUUGGUAUCCCUGAUCUAAACUUGAUUGAUUGAUUGCAAUAUAUAACCCCCCAACUGACAGUUUUAUGUUUUAAAUUGAUGUUGAGAUUGUCUAUUUCAUUUCAUUUUAUUUCAUAUGCCCUCCUCUAGUAUCUUACCUUAUUCUAUUCAUGGUUUGGCUCUUCUCUCUGUCAAUGGCAUAUUCAAUACUUGCGCGGCUGAUGCUAUGUCUAUCAUGUCUAUUUUUCUUUUAUGAUAUUGUCCUUGUUAUUAUUGAUGGAUGUUUACGCUCCUUAAUGAAAGCAUUUUGCAAUACUAUACUUUGUACUGAGUACGGUGGAUAACAAUAUAGCCUGCUCAUUAACACUGGAUCAAGGAAUAGUAAUA